AUGGUGGAGGAGUUAGCGGCGGCACAGGCGGUGAACGGUGAAAUGGAGGCGGAUUUGAGGAAGAUGAAGGUGCAGUCGGAUCAGUGGCGGAAGGCGGCAGAGGCGGCUGCCGCCAUGCUUUCGGCCGGAAAUAAUGAGAAUAGGAAGUUGGUGGUGAGAACAGGGUCAAUGGACAGUUAUACCCCUGGGGGGAACAUUGGUUCUCCUUGUGAUGUUGAUGAUGAUGAGUUAUUGAAGAAGAAAAAUGGUAAUGUGCUUAAGAGGAUUGGGGUGUUAUGGAAGAAACCUCAAAACAAACGACAAUGA